AGGCGUCAUCCCGCAGCGCCGCCCCCGCGCGGGGCCCACCCGGGCGCGGGCCCCCGCCGCGGCGCCCUCGGCGCCAUGGCCCAGACCCUCGCGCCGUACCUGGACGUCAUCCGCCACACCCUGAGCGCCUCGUUCUGCCUGCAGAGCUACCCGUCGCAGGUCGUGGAGCGGCAAAGUCGCCCGGAGAUCGAGUUCAGAGAUACUCCUGCUGUUGUUCCGCGGGCGCUGUGCAUUGCCCGCGACGAGAACGAGCGGUGUCUCAUCGAGCCCUCCGUCAAUUCCGUGCGCAUGAGCAUCAAGGUGCGCCAAUCAGACGACACGGAGAGGAUGCUGUGCCGGAAGUUCGCCAGGUUCUUCACCCAGAGAGCCGAGCACUUCGUUAUACUUCGCCGGAAGCCUGUAGAGGGAUACGACAUCAGCUUCCUGAUCACGAACACACAUUUGGAGGAGAUGCAGAAAGACAGGGUCAUUGAUUUCAUCAUUGAGUUCAUGGAGGAUAUCGAUAAGGAGAUUAAGGAUCUCAAGAUCGCCCUGAACACCAGGCUGCGGGCGGCCGCCACCGCGUACAUGCUGCAGUUCGGGCAGCGGGCCUGACCCCCAGGCGCUGCUCUCUCUCGCGGCGCGGAGGCCCGCUGGAGACGAGGCGAAA